AUGCUGGAGAGCAAAUCUGGGAGGUGCAAUGAGGCUCAGGCACUGGAUUUUGUGAUUUCGGAAGCAAGAAAACGUGGGAUUCACUUAAUGUUGAGUUUCGUGAACAAUAACAAUGACUUUGGAGGGCGAACACAGUAUGUGCAGUGGGCUAGAAAUGCAGGAGCACAGAUUAAUAGUAAUGAUGAUUUCUACACAAAUCCAGUGCUCAAAGGGUAUUACAAGAAUCGUGUCAAGAGAGUCAUAACAAGAUUCAACACCAUAACUGGAAUUGCUUAUCGAGAUGACCCGACAAUCAUGGCGUCGGGACUCAUGAACGAGCCUCGUUGCCAAGUCGACUACUCUGGAAGAACAAUAACUGCCUGGGUUCAAGAGAUGGCAACUUAUGUAAAAGCUUUAGAUGGCAAGCAUUUGCUGGAAAUAGGCAUGGAAGGAUUCUAUGGGGAUUCGCUGCUCUAA